UAUUCACUUCCCAGUCUGCAAGCGGCAUGGCUCCCCCUUGUCCAGGCUGGCUUUCCCUCUUGUCCCUAGCCAGGGCCCCCAUCUUUCUGCUGUUGCUCCUCCUGUUUCUGGUCCCCUCGCACCCCUACAGCGUGUUGGGAAAUGAAAGGGAUUCAUCUGAAGAGGAGGGAGAUCCCCAUGGGGCAACGGAUGUACCCCAAGAGGAGAAGCCAACUGGAGAAGGGGAGCUUUCCAGUGAAGGAGACACACCUGGACAGGAUGAGCCAUCCAAGGAGGAGGUCCCAUCCAGGGAGGAGGUCCUGCCCAGAAAGGAGGAUCCACCCAUUGUUGAAGAUUCCUCAGUCCCUGAAGGUAGUCUUGGGACCCACAAGAACAUCCCAGAAAAGAAAGAUGAUGACCACCAGCACUGGAGCUAUACAGGCGGCCCCCUCUGGUCCCGCGUCUCCCGAGCCUGCGGGGGACACCUUCAGUCGCCAGUGGACAUCCGGCCGGACUCCACCUAUUUCAGGCCUGACCUGGUGCCUCCCCAGCUCCACGACUUCUACAUCUCCCCAGAUCAGCCUCUCAAGCUGCAGAACAACGGUCACACAGUGCAGCUAACACUGCCCCCGGGAUUGUGGAUGACAUUGGGCCAGGGGACAGAGUACCGGGCCCUGCAGUUACAUCUGCACUGGGGGGCACCUGGGGUACCUGGCUCAGAGCAUACUGUCAGUAGUCACCGGUUUCCAGCUGAGAUUCAUGUAGUUCACCUCAACACCCAAUAUGAUACGGUCAAAGAAGCUUUGGGACAGCCUGGGGGCCUAGCUGUGCUGGCUGCCUUCCUUCAGGAGGGCCCAGAGGAGAAUGAUGCCUAUGAACAGCUACUGUCACGUCUUGGGGCAAUUGAUGACGAAGAUUCAGAGACGUGGAUCCCAGGGCUAGAUAUAUCUGCGCUCCUGCCUCAAAACCUUCACCGAUAUUUCCGUUAUAAAGGGUCUCUGACUACACCCCCCUGCUCCCAGGGGGUCAUCUGGACAGUGUUCAACCAGACGGUGCUUUUGAGUACUGAGCAGCUCCAGAUUCUAACUGAAUCCCUGCGGGGCCCUAUGGGCUCCCGGCUCCAACGGAACUUCAGGUUAACCCAGCCUCUGAAUGGGAGAAUGAUUGAGGCCUCCUUCCCUACUACCAUUGCCAGCAACAUGCCACGGCACCCUAGAGGCCCAACUGCUGAGCCAGUGCAUGUGAGCUCCUGCCUGAGUGUUGGUGACAUCCUGGCACUGGUCUUUGGACUUCUCUUUGCUGUCACAAGUGUGGCCUUCCUUCUAUAUGUGAAGUGUCAGAAGAGGCCCAGGAGUGUUGCCAAAGAGAAUAUCAUCUACCACCCUACAGAGAUGACAGAGACAGCCACCUAGCUGAGGCUGCAGAUUGAGAGAUUGAUGACAGAGUCCCAGAGAGCUAGGGGUGGGGAUGGGCUCUUCCCCGGCCACUUCCCCUGCAAGCCCCCUAUAUUUUUUUAAUAAAUGUUUCUAACAAAAUA